GCGGGGCCCGGGGCCUGCCAGGGAGGAGUCCGAGGAGCCUGCCAUCAGGGGUUGUCCCCCCGGACUCCGGUCUGAACCGCUGCCACGGCUUCCAGACGCAGAGCCGGGUGGAACCGCGAGCUCCUCUGCGACAGCUGUCGGGCGGGAGACAGCCAGGGAGGCAUAGAAAUCGCUGUCCACUUCCCGGUCAUUUUAACCGGGCGCCCGUUCGUAGGGUAUUUCAAACGUCUAGAGAUGGCAUCGCAGUGUCACCCUGAGGAGUCCCAUCUGGUGCCUGGCAUGUGCUGUUAUUUCAUAAGCAUCAAAGAACACGCACGAGCACAAUUUUGCCUCACAGGCCCAGUCUCUCUCCUAUCUUGCCCGAUGAGAGAAAGGGAAAGUUAAGGAUGCUGGAGCAGAACAAUGGAUUUCUCUUUCUCUUUCAUGCAAGGGAUCAUGGGAAACACAAUUCAGCAACCACCUCAACUCAUUGACUCCGCCAACAUCCGUCAGGAGGAUGCCUUUGACAACAACAGUGACAUUGUUGAAGAUGGUGGCCAGACACCAUACGAAGCUACCUUGCAGCAAGGCUUUCAGUACCCACCUACAACAGAAGAUCUUCCUCCACUCACAAAUGGCUACCCACCAUCAAUCAGCAUGUACGAAACUCAGACCAAAUACCAGUCAUAUAAUCAGUAUCCCAAUGGGUCAGCCAAUGGCUUUGGUGCAGUUAGAAACUUUAGCCCCACUGACUAUUACCAUUCAGAAAUUCCCAACACAAGACCACAUGAAAUUCUGGAAAAACCUUCUCCUCCACAGCCACCUCCUCCUCCUUCGGUACCACAAACUGUGAUUCCAAAGAAGACUGGCUCACCUGAAAUUAAACUAAAAAUAACCAAAACUAUCCAGAAUGGCAGGGAAUUGUUUGAGUCUUCCCUUUGUGGAGACCUUUUGAAUGAAGUACAGGCAAGUGAGCACACAAAGUCAAAGCAUGAAAGCAGAAAAGAAAAGAGGAAAAAAAGCAACAAGCAUGACUCAUCUAGAUCUGAAGAGCGCAAGUCACACAAAAUUCCCAAAUUAGAACCAGAGGAACAAAGUAGACCAAAUGAGAGGGUUGACACUCUAUCAGAAAAACCACGGGAAGACCCAGCACUGAAAGAGGAGCCCCCGGUUCAGCCAGUAUUAUCUUCUGUUCCAACGACAGAAGCGUCCACUGGUGUUAAGUUCCAGGUUGGCGAUCUUGUUUGGUCUAAGGUGGGAACCUAUCCUUGGUGGCCUUGUAUGGUUUCAAGUGACCCCCAGAUGGAGGUCCACACCAAAAUUAACACAAGAGGUGCCCGGGAAUAUCACGUCCAAUUUUUUAGCAACCAGCCAGAGAGGGCGUGGGUUCAUGAGAAGCGGGUCCGAGAGUAUAAAGGUCAUAAACAGUAUGAGGAGCUCCUGGCUGAGGCGACCAGACAAGCCAGCAAUCACUCUGAGAAACAGAAGAUCCGGAAACCCCGGCCUCAGAGGGAACGUGCCCAGUGGGAUAUCGGCAUUGCCCAUGCAGAGAAAGCGCUGAAAAUGACCCGGGAGGAGAGGAUAGAACAGUAUACUUUCAUCUAUAUUGACAAACAGCCUGAGGAGGCUUUGUCCCAAGCAAAAAAGAAUGUUGCCUCCAAAGCUGACGUUAAAAAAAUCCGAAGACCAAGAUCCGUGCUGAAUACUCAGCCAGAACAGACCAAUGCAGGGGAGGUGGCCUCCUCACUAUCAAGUACUGAAAUUCGGAGACAAAGCCAGAGGCGGCACACGAGCGUGGAAGAGGAGGAACCACCUCCUGUUAAAAUAGCCUGGAAGACGGCAGCAGCAAGGAAGUCCUUACCAGCUUCCAUUACGAUGCACAAAGGGAGCCUGGAUUUGCAGAAGUGUAACAUGUCACCAGUUGUGAAAAUUGAACAAGUGUUUGCUCUUCAGAAUGCUACCGGAGAUGGGAAAUUUAUUGAUCAAUUUGUUUAUUCAACGAAGGGAAUUGGUAACAAAACGGAGAUAAGUGUCAGGGGACAAGACAGACUUAUAAUUUCUACACCAAACCAGAGAAAUGAAAAGGCAACUCAGAAUAUGUCAUCUCCUGAAGCAACAUCUGGUCCUACAGGCUCAGUAGAAAAGAAGCAACAGAGAAGAUCAAUUAGAACUCGUUCUGAAUCAGAGAAAUCCACUGAGGUUGUGCCAAAGAAGAAGAUCAAAAAGGAGCAGGUUGAAACAGUUCCUCAGGCUACGGUGAAGACUGGAUUACAAAAAGGUGCCAGCGAGAUUUCAGAUUCCUGUAAACCACUAAAGAAAAGGAGCCGCGCCUCAACUGAUGUAGAAAUGGCUAGUUCAGCAUACAGAGAUACGUCUGACUCCGAUUCCAGAGGCCUGAGCGACCUGCAGGUAGGCUUUGGGAAGCAAGUAGAUAGCCCUUCAGCCACUGCAGAUGCAGACGUUUCUGACGUGCAGUCCAUAGAUUCAAGUUUGUCAAGAAGAGGCAUCGGAAUGAGUAAGAAGGACACUGUAUGUCAGAUCUGUGAAAGCCCCAGCGACUCUCUGAUUCCCUGUGAGGGAGAGUGCUGCAAACACUUCCACCUGGAGUGCCUGGGAUUGACAUCACUCCCUGAUGGAAAGUUCGUCUGCGUCGAAUGUAAAACUGGACAGCACCCAUGUUUUUCAUGUAAAGUGUCUGGCACAGAUGUGAAGCGUUGCUCUGUUGGUGCUUGUGGGAAAUUUUACCAUGAAGCCUGUGUCCGCAAAUUCCCCACUGCCAUCUUUGAAUCAAAAGGAUUCCGCUGUCCCCAGCACUGCUGCUCUGCCUGCUCUAUGGAGAAAGAUAUCCACAAAGCAAGUAAAGGUCGAAUGAUGAGAUGUUUGAGGUGUCCAGUAGCGUAUCACUCUGGAGAUGCCUGCAUUGCUGCCGGCAGCAUAUUUGUGUCUUCCUGCAUUCUCAUCUGUAGUAAUCAUUCCAAACGGAGCAGUAACUCUUCCUCUGCUGUAAAUGUAGGCUUUUGUUUCGUUUGUGCAAGAGGGCUGAUAGUUCAGGACCAUUCAGACCCCAUGUUCAGUUCCUAUGCCUAUAAGUCCCACUACCUACUGAAUGAAUCAAACCGUGCAGAGUUGAUGAAAUUACCUAUGAUUCCUUCUUCGUCAGCUUCCAAAAAGAAAUGUGAGAAAGGUGGAAGACUGCUCUGCUGUGAGUCAUGUCCCGCUUCCUUCCACCCGGAGUGCCUGAGCAUAGAGAUGCCAGAAGGCUGCUGGAACUGCAAUGACUGUAAAGCUGGCAAGAAACUGCAUUACAAGCAGAUUGUCUGGGUCAAAUUGGGGAAUUACAGGUGGUGGCCGGCAGAGAUCUGCAACCCCCGUUCUGUGCCGCUCAACAUCCAGGGCCUCAAGCACGACCUGGGGGACUUCCCAGUGUUCUUCUUUGGGUCUCACGACUACUACUGGGUGCAUCAGGGACGAGUAUUCCCUUACGUCGAAGGAGACAAAAGCUUUGCUGAGGGACAGACUAGUAUUAACAAGACCUUCAAAAAAGCACUGGAAGAAGCUGCAAAACGUUUCCAGGAAUUGAAAGCACAAAGAGAAAGUAAAGAAGCACUUGAGACUGAAAAAAACUCAAGAAAACCCCCUCCUUACAAACACAUCAAAGCUAACAAGGUAAUAGGAAAAGUGCAGAUCCAGGUUGCAGACCUGUCGGAGAUUCCCCGCUGUAACUGCAAGCCCGCCGACGAGAACCCCUGCGGCUUGGAGUCUGAGUGCCUGAACAGAAUGCUGCAGUACGAGUGUCACCCGCAGGUGUGCCCGGCGGGGGAGCGCUGCCAGAACCAGUGCUUCACCAAGAGGCUCUACCCUGAUGCCGAGAUCAUCAAGACAGAGCGCAGAGGCUGGGGCCUCAGGACCAAAAGGAGCAUUAAGAAGGGUGAAUUUGUAAAUGAAUAUGUCGGUGAAUUAAUUGAUGAAGAAGAAUGCAGAUUGCGAAUCAAGCGAGCCCACGAGAACAGUGUAACUAAUUUUUAUAUGUUAACUGUUACCAAGGACCGUAUCAUUGAUGCUGGCCCAAAGGGAAAUUAUUCUCGCUUUAUGAACCACAGUUGUAACCCAAACUGUGAAACACAAAAGUGGACAGUGAAUGGCGAUGUUCGAGUUGGACUUUUUGCUCUUUGUGACAUUCCUGCAGGGAUGGAGUUAACAUUUAAUUACAACCUGGACUGUCUGGGCAAUGGCAGGACGGAGUGCCACUGCGGGGCUGAGAACUGCAGUGGUUUCCUCGGCGUUCGGCCGAAGUCGGCAUGUGCAUCAACAACUGAAGAAAAGGCAAAAAAUGCUAAGUUAAAGCAGAAGAGACGGAAAGUCAAAACAGAGCCCAAGCAGCUGCACGAAGAUUACUGUUUCCAGUGUGGAGACGGUGGAGAGCUGGUCAUGUGCGACAGGAAGGACUGCCCCAAAGCCUACCACCUCCUCUGCCUUAACCUCCCUCAGCCGCCCUACGGAAAGUGGGAGUGCCCGUGGCACCAGUGCGAUGAGUGCAGCAGCGCAGCUGUCUCCUUCUGCGAGUUCUGCCCGCGCUCAUUCUGUAAAGAUCACGACAAGGGGGCCCUGGUGCCCUCGGUACUGGAAGGCCGACUCUGCUGCUCUGAACAUGACCCUGUGUCUCCCGUGUCGCCGGAGUACUGGAGCAAGAUCAAGUGUAAACUGGAAUCGCAAGAUCCCGGAGAAGACAUCAAAGAAUAGAUGGCUGGUGAUCCUCCUUUUUUUUCUUUUUCUUUAAGUGAAAAAAGGAAAAGAAAAAAGUAAGUAGAUGAUGCGUCAGUGCAAGAAGAGACUGCGAAAGUGCAUACAGCCUCUGUGGCCGCGCUGCCUGAUUAAAGUGAAACUGGGGGACCAGUUGGUGCAGACAGAGGCCGUUGGCGGUGUCUGGCUUUCCAGUUCUGUUCUGUUGGUUUGGGGGAUUCUUUUGUGGCGGGUUAGAUGCCCAUGGUCUUUUCUUGCCUUUUAUUGUGCUUCAAUGCCUUUGCAGCUAGAAAAAAGAGAUGUCUUGGCUUUUAAAAUAAGAACAAAGAGAAAAGAAAGUUUUGUUAAUGAGAUAAAUCUAAAGUCUAGGAUGUAUUCCUUGGGUGUAAAAGGCAAAAGUAGCCAUCAUUCCUUUAUUUAUUUUCAUUGUUUAAAAUUUUGAGAAGUGUAGUUCAGAGUCUAAUCAGUGUGAGCACACGUGUGUGUGUGUGUGUGUGUGUGUGUGUUUGCAGUAGGAACUGGAGAAUGCCCUCUAGGAAAGGGUAUGACACUCUCCUCUGCCUCUUUCCUGAGCAGCAGGCAGGCGAGCUUCUCUCUCCCUUCCAAGUGUCUCCCAGUCUCAGAGAAGGGCUCGUGGGAGCUUGGAGUCUGGCCUCUGAAAACAAAAGGCCUUGGUGGAUGUUCCCUCCAUGGUCUUAAACCAGGUGGGCUUUGUGAUAGGAUAACUUUACCUUGAAAGGUAUAUAAUGUGGUUUUGUUUUUUCGUUUGUUUGUUUUGGAGAAAACAAAAGAAAUGGAUGCCCUCACUGAGUUUGAAAUGCUUUCCCAUCGAUGAUGGCUAUUAUUGAUGAAGUGUGUUUAUGUGGAUAUGAAUGCAUAGUUAGAAUGGUCAUUCCUGUUAUUUUGACACACUGGUAAGGGCAGCUAAAGGGAGACAAAAGGCAUAGACCAAAAGUUGCAUCAAAUAAGCACCAUUUUCUAUCGAAUUUAACGUAGACCCUGGUCUGACUCGAGAGAAUUAUGGGCAUUUUAUUUUCUGUCUCUGCUUUCCUCUCCCAAUCAAACAUUCCUUUUGUCAGCUGACCACUCAGCCAUGUUUCAUGGUGAAAACUACCCAAAUGAAUUUGAAUUAUAUUUGAAUAGAUUUUUAGUUCCUAAUUUGGGGGGGGGAGAGUAUCCCCAAGUUGUAUGUAAGCAGUUUCUAUUUAGUUUUACCCAGCACUUAAAAUUGCCCCCUUUGAGGAAGGGGAAGCACUUCUACUGGGACAGGGCAUGGGAGAGCCACACUUCAUGGCAGCAGCGCUUCGGGAAAGCUCCCCAGAAAGCAGAACCGGUUGGAUGGCACAGGGGCGAGAGGACCAAGAUGCCUGCCCACAGGGCUCACUUGCUUUCAGUGCUUAGGAGCGUGUAGAUUCCAGAGUUCCCCGUGUAAACUCAUUAGUGGUGUCUGGUGUCGUUGUCACACUGUACUAAGUAGCAGCCUAGGGUUAGCUUGGUGAAUGUUAAUUUUCUCUGUGAAUUUUGACUGCUUACAGCCGCUGGUACGUGGUAGCAUUUAUUUUCCCUCAGGAAGAACCCAUUAACCACAUAAAGGUCGGGAAGAUAGAUGCCCCACCACAUUCCCUGUGUCACGUGUGCUCCUUUUUCUUACCAAGUUAGAGCUCUUUUCUGGAAAAAGGGGGAAAAAAUCUGUUUUGUGCCUCUUCUUCUUUUUUUAAUUUGUAUGUAUGUAAAUGUGCAAUUAUAAUGGAUUCUUUUUAUUGUUAAAAAAAAAAAAACCAAAACAUACAAAAAAAAAAGCAACAACAAAACACUACAAUUCCUUUACUUAAAGCUCCUAAACUGCCAUUUGCCUGAUUCCAGCAGAUAAUUCUGAGGUAACUUACUGGACCUCCAAUGAGUCUAUUGAUUAGAUAUGGUACCAAAAGAAAGGGCAAAAUAGAAAAUGCUAGUAUGCCUGUUACCAAACGUGACUGCCGCAAGCUCACCAAAACACUAAACUUUGCUCUUGAGCAAUUACAUAGUUUCAAGUCCUUUUAAAAAAUAAUUUAAGAAAUUCUAGGUUUUAUCAUACUAAAACUUUAUUUUAUAUAUGUAUAUGAUAAAUGUUUGCUUUUUUAAACUUACUAACAUGAAGGAUUUCCUUUAAUAUUUGAACUGCAACUCUUGUUGAAACAGUAUCCAACAUGAAAUCUUAUCUCUUGCUUUGUUUUGGACUUAGUGCUAUUUAAUAUCUGAUGACUUUUAUAUGGUAAGCCAGGGUAUAUCCUCUAGACUACAGAUACCUUAGGUUUAAGUACUUUGAUGCAGCUUCUUCAUUGUGUCACAUUUUGUUUUUAUAUCUGUCACAGAGCUCUGCUGAGAUUUAAGAAAAAUUUUUUUGUGGGGGAAGGGGGGGUAUUAGGUUUGUUCUGCCAAUUCAGAAAUCAGGGUGGAAAACAAAAUGUCUAACUGUAGCUCUGGAGUCUUUGUCUGUGAGUGCUCUUUAAUGGUCUGGAAAGGGGGUCAUGGCCAUGCCUGGGCCAAGGAGCUCUCCUCACACCUCCGUGGUGUCACUGUGGACCUAGUUUGUGUGUUUUAAAGCUGCAGGAUAUGGCAGCAGAGAAGCAGUGAGCUGUGCUUUCUGCGUGCAUAGUACCUAUGCAGCAUGCUUGCCGGUGCUCCUCCGAUGGAACACUGCGGAGGUCCUGGCGCUCACUCGUAGUCUGAGGUGAUUUGUUAACUUGAAUCUGUAUGGGGUCAGAGCAUAAAUGGUUGGUUUUUAUGGUUGUCUGAAAAUGAAAUAACUGAAAGAAGCAUGGGAUAAUGGUGUUGGGUUUUGUUUUUUUAUGUUGAUUCUUAGGGGGCGAAAAGCAGAUGUAAAAUGUUUGAUAAUCAGCUCAAGAAAUUAGAUCUGUAAGAGCUAAAGGUGAAAUCCUAGGAGACCUCCGGGCCCUGGUGGUGGGAGGGUGGUUUGGAGUUGCCCGGCUGGCUGAGGGGCCGGUGGCCCUUCAGUCCUGGAAGCCGAAGCCCGAGGAAGCCCAUCACUUCCUGAAUAGCUAAGCCAGGCUGAGGGAGGAAUGAGGUGGGUUUUAUUUUCAUUUUUCAUUUUCAUUUUUCUUUUAUCAAGUUCCCACCCUAUCCUAGCUCUGGCCUAAGCUAGAAAACAGGCUGACUCUGAGAAUUAUUGAAACUUGGAGAUUUCUGUGUGUUCAAGUCAGGAACACAUCUAAAAGCAAACAAAAAAAAAGGUGGGGAGCAGGAGGCUGCUCCCAGCUCCCUGCAGCCAUUUCCACAGAGUGUUGGAAAUGCCCGUGAGUGGCGGGGUGCAACUGAGAUGAUCGCCAGAAGGACCCAGACAGGCGGGGCUGUCAGACAGCCUUCUUUCCUGGUUUGGAAAGUGGAGUUUCCUCCUUGAGUAGCUCCAAUCAGGGUCAGAUCUGGGUCUGCAGUUUGGAAACGGGCCAGCUGGGUGGGACACGGUCUCGGGACCACGGGGGACUUGUUGUUUGUCCUUCGUCGCAUUUUAAACAUAAAGCUCUUCAUUAGCAGUCACCUUACAGUCAAGGUGCUGCCACAUGCCUUGUCCUGCCAGGAUAAGAGAGCCAGUCACCACGGAGUCCUUACAGCUGGGACAGCUCACAUCUGUGAGGUACAGUGACACGGGGGAGUUGCUGUAUCGUUGGGCGGUGUGAAUUAGACUUGAAUGACUUCCUAAAAGGCUGAUCUGUCUAGGCCCCUAGUUGUCCAGGCUGCCGCAGAUGUGAUCAUUUGCUUUGGCCUUGGGCCACCUUGAAUCCGUCUUGGGUUAUUUGUAAACAAGGAGUAGAACUCACUUCAUUUUCAGACAGGCUCGGGAAGAGAUGUAAUUAGACAGCUUUGCCAUGAAUUGACAAAUACGGAAGAGUUGGAAAUUGUAUAUACUGAAGUCUACCAGCUCUUAUCUGGGGUGGGGUUCAGGGAGAAGGGGGGUUAUGCGGGGGGACGGGGGUGGGGGGGAAUGAUGAUGUUUACCACAGGUACGAAGUCGUCACUUUAACAUUGAGACCUCUGCCUCAUUGAAUUCAGGUUUUUUAAGUACUUGAAACUCCUCAGAUUCUCCUUAUUUUACAGUUCUUUUAAAACUUAUGAAGUAGCGAGCAUUGUUUGUAUCCUGUUUUUGUCUUUUACCCCCUCUGGCGUGGGUGAAAGGGGAGCCCCGCAGGCGGCUCACAGCACGGGCCGGAUUCAGUGCACACGCUUGGGGAAGAGGCUCCUGCAUGAAAUACCAGCAGCACUUACACAAGGAUUCCCUGUGUCUGUUCUUUCUUUUGUCAUUUUGUCAACCCUAUCCCCAAGCACCUUUUCAUUAUACGCCUGUGUAGGGAAAAAAACAGAAAUUUGCACUUAAUGUUACACUCCUGAAAUGCUGGGUGUGUGUAGCCUGUGUGUUUCAAGCCUAUUUCCAUUCUUUCCUCUUUCAGUCCAUUGCUUAAGUGACAAGUUCAGAUGCUUGUGGCACUUAAUGUAUGAAGGGGAGAGGAAGAGAAUUACCUUCCUUUGGUAGCCUCUCCAAGUCAUUAACGUGUAAGAAAAAAAGGGAAAAGAUGAAUAGUUGCCAAAGUCAUUUCUUCGGUCCUUAGUUUGCCUGUGUGGCAUCAGUGCAUCUGCUCAUUGGCCAGAAAGCGCCCUGGGGCCCGAGCUCCUAUCCCGACCUCCACAGAGCUCCGCUGUGUGCGGGUGGCUCUCCGUAUCCAGCAGAUUACCUCGGUGAGGGAUUUAUGUGGUAUCCUUGACAGUUUAGAAGUGGACUGGAUAAAAUUCACUUUUACUUUGUUGUCACUAAUACUGCUCUUUAUCUCAUUGUGCUGUCACAUACCCUUUGUCAAAAAAGAAAAUCACAUUGCCACCAAUAACCACGAUGCUAAGUGAAGAUUAUAACUGGCUAAUAAGGUUCUUUUUAUGUACAAGGGUGUGUGCAAAAUUGGAAUUGAUAUGAGAAAUUCAUUUGUAUCCACUUGUGGUAUUGCACAACACACACAGAUACCUACAGAUUCUGUUUUCAUUUCCUCGUGAUCUUUAUCUAUAAUGACCUUUGUAGAUUGGUUAUUUCUGUACUUUAUCUGUAAUAAACUUUGUAGAUCCUGUGAAAUGUUAUUUUGCCUAAAUCACUUGAGACUUGAGUCUUUAAUAACAAAGCAUCAAUAUUCACUAAAGUCAAUCUCUUUUGAGUUUCUGUGACUUGGCUAGAAGCUCCUGACACUAAGGGAUUGGUGUUCAUUCUCCCUGGGGGGGUUCACUAGGGCAUUACUGUAUAAUGACUUGAUGUUGCCACAUAGACUUCAAGAUAUAUGAUAUUUUGGGGAUUUUGUUGAUUGGCCUAUGUUUUAUUGCAUAGUGUGAAAUGUGUAAAGCUUGGUUAACCUGUAUAUAGAUAGCUUAUUGUUGACCAGUUAUAGUAUAUUUAGGAUUGCUUGUAAUAUUUAAGCUUCUUACUACUGUGCGUGCUGGUAGGAACAUAUAAUUUUUGUAUAUUUACUGAGAUGUUGCCCUUUUUUAUUUUACAAAUACUUUGGAAUUCAAAUGUGUUUUUUGCUUCCGUGAGGAUUAAUUUGGAAAGGUUUUUAAUGACAUUCCACUGAUUUCAGAUUUUGCUUGGAGACCGACUUAAAUAAAUUGUCCUGUAUGUCCAAAUUAAA